AUGGUGGCUGUGACUCUGCCUCUUCAAGAUGUUGAUGUCUCUGACACUUCAGGGCUUCAGCUUGACGAUUGUUCUUCUUGUCACAUUGAUGUAGAGUAUUAUGGGAGUGGCAAAAUCUCUUUCCUUUGUCUUGUUUACACGUGGCUUAGGUGUAGAAGGGUGCAACUUCCUGUCAAACCUUGCCAUUUGGAAAAGAAAAAUGUGCACCCGCAAAUUAUUUCCAUAAUUUCACCUAUUACUACUUCUGAAACAAAUGCCGUUACCUACUCUGAUCCCCAUUAUCUAAUGAUUCUGAGGGAUUGGGGUACUCAAGCACAAGAGAAAAAUGAACUGCUUAGACAGAAAUUCAAUAUUGUCUACGAUGCAUUACCAAUCAUGUUCCGCCAGGGAUCCUCUGUUUUCUGGGACAAGGAGGAAAAGACAGUAAUGGACGAUGGAAGUGCUGUUGAAAAAUCUCUCAAAAAAGUUGUGGUGGAGCACUGUAAUAUAAUUGAGCCAAGCUUUUGGAAAGCACACCCUAGCAUUCUUGGAGAAAGCACUUGUUGUAUCUGCAAUCUUAGCCUUUAA